AUGUAAUUGAGAGAAGGAGCAUCCUCUGAAUGGCAGAAAUUCAUUGAGUAUACAAGGAAUGCCAAUCCGUUAGAUUACGGGAAGAUUGGCCAAAAUGUGAAAAUCAAAUUAACCAAGUUUCCAACAGAUGAUUCCUUAAUUGAUUAUUACGAAAAUGUAUUUUCAAAGUAUAUGUUUAAUUCAUCGAAAUAUAGUGUUACCAGCUAAAAAGACAGAAAAAAAUGGCAUUAAAUGGACAAAUAUCUAUUGAUUUGGUGUGUAGCAAAAUUGCUCUAAGUGAAACAAAGGGUGAACCUGGUUCCUGAUGACGAAGAUUGGGAUAUGAUUUCAAAAGUGUUAUAAGUUGAUUCAUAAUUAAUAAAACUUAAAUGGAUUUCGUUGCUGCAUUCUAAUCUCAGGAUUCACCAAUGGACUAGAGAGGAAGACCAGAUUCUGAAAGAUAUAGCCGAAUAAUUUUAUGAUAAAAACAAUUGGACAGAGUUGACAAUCAAAUUUAACUCACUUUCUAGGACUCAAAGAUAUCCUAAACAGAUAAGAGAGAGAUGGAAGAACGUCUUGAAUCCAACCAUCCAAAAAUGUUUGUGGGAUUCAAAAGAGAAAUUGAAUUUAAUACAAUUAGUCUAUAAAUAUGGAAAACGAUGGUCCUUGAUUCAACAUCACAUCAAAGGUAGAAGCGAAAACUAAAUUAAGAACUAAUACAAUGGGAUUACGAGAAGCUUAAAAAAAGAGAAGAUAUCGAAUGAAGAGGAGAAGGAGUUGCUAUUACACAUAAUAUAGAAUCCAAAUUAACCAAUAUAAAAUUUGAUUGAUGAUUUCCUACUUAAAUUAAUGGCCAAACAAGAAUAAUUAAAACUUGGAACAACAAAUAGAGAAGAAAUCAAAAUAGAGGUCAAUAAUAAUUUAAGAAUUUAAGAACAAACUUAACCAUUUGAAAAAGCACACGAGACUCCGACGAUAGUAUAGUUUUAAUCUCCAUCAACAUUGUAAAGCCAAAAUUUUCCUUAAUAUAACAAUGUCUAUUAAAAUUCGCCAUUUUAACUACAUCAUUAUAAUUCUUUAGCCUAGUAGCCACUUACUAUAUAUCAACCAUAUUAGUAUGUUUAGUAAUACAAUUAAUAUAAACCAAACUUUUAUUCACCGAACUAUGCUCACAUGAGGUUUCCUUAUUACAUGUGA